AUGGAAAUCGAUGAACCAACCUCGUCUAAUAAUAAUUCCAGCGAUGGUGAUGAUGAAUAUGAAGAGGUUUCUUAUAUAGUAGUUGACCUCGGUACUGAAGCAACAUUAGACAUGAUAACAAAUAAUUUCGAAAUCUUGAACAAUAUAAAUCCUUCUUCGUUCAAUUUCAAUCAAAAUCGUCAUCAUCAAAAUCAAGAUUCCUCAUCACAUACCGAUAAUAAAAUCAAUAAUCCUACUGUUUCGACUCCUUCAACAACCAUUCACGAAAAAGAAGUUGAGAACUCUAAUUCUAUUAAUACAAAUGAAAAUAAUGAUAUUGAUUAUUCAUUAAUUGGUUUAGAUACAGAUACACCUUAUUUACGUAUAGGUGGUAUACAUUUUAAAGGUGAUUAUGAUGAAACUAUUGGAACUGAUUUAAUAUUUUUUCCAGAACCAGAUCCAAUGAAUUCAAGGCAACAAAAACUUACAUAUCAAUGCCUUACAACAAAAAAGAUAAAAUUCUCUCAAGUGAAUUUACAAGAGAUUGAUUUAAAUACGACGAAUGAAUUAAAUAUUGAAGAUGAUGAUAAUGAUCUGACAUAG